GAUCUUUCGCAACUGGCUAACCUUCAGAUCGCGUUGACCUUUUUUUAUACCAUAGAAUUUCAUAAUGUCAUGUCCUAAGAUUUCGAUCUACCUCGCUCGAUGCGCUCAAAACGCUCGAAGCAGCUUCUCUCUGGUCGUUCCUUCCUUAUUGUCUAUUGAUAUUGCUCUUUCCUCGUCAAUAUCCGAUUUUUUGCUUUUUCCUGAAAAUUGUAGAGCGUUGUUUACAAUGGCUGUUGAUACUCAAAUAGUUUUGAACCAAUGUUUUCAUUCAUCACCUGUCUCUUUGCUUUGGCCCAUGGAUUGAUUCGUUCCCUCAGCAGCAUCCCAGUCUGCAAGGACUACAGUCACUCACUUCGGAGUCCACAUUGCGUCUUGCAACAAGUGAUAUCGCUAUAAUGGCUCUUCUACCACAUGGUCGUUUCGAUUCUUCUUUGCUUAGUGUCGCACAUUCGUGGUCAGGCACCCCGCCUCCCCUUCAAGAGUCUCAAAAUACUCCAGGCACCUUACGGCAUCAUGAUAUCCGGAGCCCUUCAUCGGGAUCUUUCAUCUCAACGCCAUCUAGACCCGGCUCGUUGAAAACAAGGAAUGAGAAUGAACCGCCUGGAGCGGUUUCGGGAUCAUCGCUCCACCUUUCAGGUCUGCUGACGCCUUCAGAUGUCUCGCGCAAGUCAUCUGGUCGUUUCUCUCAAAAGUCUCAAAAGUCCCAGAAGUCCCAAAAGUCUGGAAAUUCAAACCGGAUUCCAGAGCCUCCACAACCGGAGAUCCCAACGAAGCAUAACGUUGCUGUCGAAUCUGGGGAUCUUGAGGAGAUCGAUCUCGGCCCUCCCCCACCCACUUUGCGUGUUCGGAAUAAUCCUAGCUCAACGCCUUUAUUUGGACCUAGAAACUUUCUUGAUGUGCCUAAAAGGGAUGCGACGAUAGAAGGUACGCCGAGUACACUAACAAGUGCAACGCCGAGUUUUCAAGAGACUACAGCUCAAGCCAAAAAACCGGAGCAUUCGGCCAAGUGGAUUCAUAAGUGGAUGGGGUCACUCAAGAAGAAAAGUUUAAAACGGCAGCAGGCUGUUGUUUCCCGUCUUGAAAGGCAGCCAAUGGAUGAUUUUGAUGAUGAUGUCUGCUAUCCGCUUCCUGAUAUUCUGGAUACUAAUGAUGAAGCCACCAAUAGCAGAAAAGCCCCUUCAUUCAGUUCCACCGCUUUUGUGACUGCAGUCAAAACGGCAAGUCUCAGCCUAGCAAGCCUUGGUGCUCCAGCGCAUCGAAAAAGCGCCAGAUCCUCUCGUCGCAGGAACACCAACAGGAGCAGUCGUCUUUCCUUUAGAGAUGGAAGGAGAUCAACUGAUAGCCGUCCAGAGAAACCACUGAUUGAUGCAGAAAUUUGGGAUCGCUCAGUGAAACGUCGGAAAGCCAUCGAAGAGCUUAUCAGUACAGAAGAAAGUUAUAUCGCCGAUUUGAAACUUCUUAGUAAUGUGCGCGGAACGUCAACAGAUAGAACAGACCUAUGCUUACUUUGAUUUGCUAGGUGUAUAUUUCUCUGCUCGCAGAAGUCCCUGAAGUUUCUCCGCAAACUCGUGCAUCAGUUCACCACUCCCUUAAUGAGAUUCUUCAAUUACACGAGGAUCUUCUUGGCGAGCUAUUUCGUGUCGUUCCUUAUUCAGAAUACAGCCAGAAACAAUAUCGACAACUGCCGACGGCUGAUUUUCGCAAGCA